CCAGGAGGAGCCGUGUCGCUGCUGCCUCGGUCCAUCAGGCCUCCCGCAGUUCUCCAUUGCCCGUUUCUGUGGACUCUCCGCCGCCACUGUGCCGCGCCUAGGACUCGGAUCCUGCCGGGAAAAUGUCGGAUGAAUUUUCGUUGGCAGAUGCGCUACCUGAACAGUCCUCUGCCAAACCGCCUGCUGUGACCAAUACAAAAGCUGGCCAUUCUUCUCAAGGGUGGCCAGGCUCCAGCCCGUGGAGUAAUCCAAGUGCUCCACCUGCAAUGCCAUCUGGACUCCCACCGAGUAGUGCAGCGCCCUCUACUGUGCCUUUUGGACCAGUACCAACAGGAAUGUAUCCGUCAAUGCCUCCAACUGGACCACCCCCGGGACCUCCUGGACCCUUUCCUCCUUCUGGACCAUCAUGUCCCCCACCUGGUGUUCCUUAUCCAGCCCCUGCUGUGCCAGGCCAUGGCCCCACGGGGCCAUAUGCUACACCAAAUAUGCCUAUGCCAGAGCUACCUAGGCCAUAUGGUGCACCCACAGAUCCAGCUGCAGCUGGUACUUUAGGUCCAUGGGGAUCCAUCUCUUCUGGACCUUGGGCACCAGGAAUUCCAGGGCAGCAUCCUAAUAUGCCGCCGUAUCGAUCUCCAGGGCCAUAUCCCACUGUUCCUCCUCCAGUGUCUGGAGCACCACCUGUUCCGUGGGGCACUGUACCACCAGGAGCCUGGGGACCACCAGCACCAUAUCCUGGCCCUGCAGGAACAUACCCCACACCAGGACCCCAUCCUACUCUGAAUAAUCCUUACCAAGUGCCUUCAGGACCUGCUGGUGCUCCACCAAUGCCUGGUGGCCCCCACUCUUACCAUUAAGUUGACAGUGGAUGAAGAGAUGGCGCAUUGCUUUUUGAAGUACAUGUAUAUGCACGAGAAAGCAUAUAUAUUGCUGGUUUCGCUGUUGGUUGAGGGCAUUUGUGAAAGAACUUUUGCACCUCAGUUCCUGCUUCAUGUGUUUGGAUAUGUAGAACAUCACGUGGGUACAAUCAGAUAAAAUGUAGAAGUGAAUCAUUCAAGUGUGGUUAAUGUGAUUAUGUGUAUUGAAUAACGUUUGAUAAUAAUUUGUUUAAAGCAUAGUUAUGACCUCAAAAUCUAAAAUAACAUGGAUCAUUGUUAGCAUCUACAACUUAAUUGACAAAGUCGAGUACUUUUUAUAAUCACACCACCACCACCACACCCCAUAGAACUAAGAACAAUCACUUCAUUGAAACCUGACUUCUCAACAUUUUGAGCUCCUCCUACCUACACAAACCUGGCCCUCUUACCAUAUUUAUCUACAUAACUAUAUUUGUAUGUAUGUGUGUAUGUGUUUACUAAGUUUAAUUUAACCAUUAUAUCCAGUUCUCCCCAGAUAACAUAAAGUUCCUACCAAAAUUGCAUCGUGAUCUAAGGACAGAUUCUUGCUCUGACAGAGCUCUAGAACAGUGUUGGCACCAAAUACACAUAAGAGUUUGAGGGCUUGUUGUGGUAGUCAGACUGCCCAUGCUGAGUCCAGCCUCAGGAAGAAAUUAGGAAAAUGGGUGAGAUAGGUAAGGCAGCCGCUGCUCACCUGUCACUGCCUCAGGUCCUCUGCUCACCCAGCCAUCCAGUAGCAGGGCCAGCACGAUGAUGUCACAUGCCUUCUUAACCUGAUUUGGAAUUCACAGAUCAUUGUUUCCUUAAGAAAGCAGUUACGGAAGGUGGCUCAUUGCUGUCAUCACAGUAGUUCUUUGUAAGUUAAACAGGUCACUGACCGGGCUAAAUGAAGCAAACAUUAUUUAUGACUUUUUUUUUUAAGUGGGAAAAAUGGUCUGAAUUUCAAAGGACAUUCUCACAAUGACUGAACCACAACCCAUUGGAGUUGUUGCCGAAUUAUACACACUUGUAAUGUUUCUUGACUUCCACUUACAGAACCGAAGGAGCUAGCUCUUUGAUUGACAAAGCCAUGGGGCAGACCCCUUCCUACGUCAGAACAGGAAUAGGAAGCAGGGCUUGGCGGGUGACACCUGCUCACACGGAAGCAUCUAGAUGAAUCUGAGUGAUUACAGAGUUGUUAAUGAGGACAUUUUUGGUACUUCCUGUCUUCUCUGCAGCUCUCUCAGAAGCAGCCAGGCCAGGGAGCAGCUAAUCCCAUGUGCAUGACAAACCCUCUCCUCCCAGACUCACUGGGUUAAAAGAGAUCCUGGAUUUACUUCCUUCUGUGUUCAGGACCUUUUUAUGAGAAGAUGGUCAUAACCCCAGCGCGGGCUCUUGGCUAUGCACUGUGGGCGUGGCCUCUGACAGUUUGGUAUGAUCGACUUCUUUGCAGCUCCUCCUCACCCUACUCCUCUGUCCAGCUUUCGGUCAGAUCUAGAAUCACAGCAAAAUGUAAUUCGUGAGCUUGUUUGGGUGUGCAGGGCUAUGGUGGCAGUGACUGGUGACCCAAAAAUAUCGCUGACCUCCCUACCACGUGGGUUAAAACAGACUUAUCAAAGAUACCUUCUUGGUAUCUUUGGAACUUAGUUUGACUGCAUUUGAUGCCAACAUUUUUUUUCUAGAGCUCUGUCAGCAAGAAACCUAGGAGCUAAGUGCAGUUUUGAAAAACAUUUUGUUAUUUUGGCAGAACAGGGUAUAAUGGUUAAAUUAAACUUACUAAUAUAAGUAUGUCACUAAAACAUAAAGAGGCCCGGCUGUGUGGGUAGAGGAACUCCCUUUACCCCUGGAGGAUUUGUCCUCUGCAGUAUGUUUGAGGUUCUUCCCUUAGUUUCUAUACUGGAUGCCAUCCUAUCAGGCUUUCCUGAAGUAACAACUUCUUUGGAACUCCCACAAAGAUGGCUGAGUCUCCCCUGAGAGCUUCUUGGAUAUGGAAGCCGACCUGCCAGCCUGAGCAUCUGAGCCCUGUGACAUCUUGUCACUGCCCUACCUGCCGACAUAACUUUAAGCCAAUAGUUAUCAGUUGCCAAGUUCAUCAGCCACUAUUGGGCUUUGUUGUUCUUUGUAGGUUCGUUGGUGUCCUCGCUAGUAUUAGAGCCUAACCUACCCUGUGGUGUGCUCUGGGCACUACGUCCAUUAAACCAUGGUUUUUAGGACUUCAUUUUAGGAUUUCAACUGAGUAAUUGGAAGUUACUGGGUUUAUUUUUAUUUAAUGUAAGAGUGGAAAUCAAAGGGAUAGCAGGUUUUCUUCUUUUGUUUUCAGAACAUGUCUCUUGUUGCCUUAAGGGUAGGGUGUUUAUGGGUCCAGGGAAGAAUCAAGAAAAGCUAAAAUAAAAUGAAUAAACAGUAGCCAAAUGAGGAAAAUAAUCUAGAAGGAGUUUCUGGUUUUGUUUUAACAAACCUAACCUAAGAAUAAUCCUGCUUUCAGAGCAAACAAUGUAGGCCAUAACUGGCCUGCUGAAAAGACAGAUUGUCAAUAAGUGUUUGGUCAUAAAGGAGUCCAAAUUAUAGAAUUUGUUGACAUGGCCUCACAAUAAUUCUUAAAUAAGUACAAUAAAGAUAGUUGAGAUGUAUACAAGGAUAGUUUUUGUGAAGUUGAAGUCUUUGGAUUUGCAAUGUUCCAUUCUUUACAAAGCCUCCGUCCCACCUUUGUCGGUCUUGCUGUCAGUAGUGGUUAACAGUCCGUUUCUCUUGACACACCUCGAGUGUGGCCCCACCUAGGAGGCUUUUGAAGCUGUGGGUUGGAGAUAUCUCCACUCUGUUUCUGGUAAGAUACUGCCUCAUUUUCAGUGGUUUCCUACACUUAUCAACUGGUGCCAUGUAUUCCUCGCCCUGAGUGACUUAGAGCUAGCUUUCUCAGAUGCCAAGAUUACAGACUCUGGAAGUUUCACGGGCCUUUACGUCCUUCCAGCUUUAGAGAAGCAUAUGCCUAACUAAACCAGCUGCUAGAGAGCAGUGGAUGCUUUCAGGGAAAACCGAUCUUACUUUCAGAAUUCUGCCAACUGAAACGACAAUGGACAAUGGCUAAUUGGGACUGAGAUGUUCUUGCUUCUAGCUGCAGAGCCCAUCUGAGGACUGAGCCUAUCCCAUGUGCACAUCCAGGAUGGAGCUCUGGUCCCCGUGCUCAAGGAGCCCCCGGGUAAGGCACGGCAUUACCAGCCACCUAAAUAAAAAGUGAUUAGUGAUAGCUCUCAGUGAGGAGAGCAGACCUGUCUUGGGCAUUUUUAAAAAUGGGGCGUUUUGUUUUGUUUGAGGUGGGGUCUCACCACAUAACUAUGGCUAGCCUGAAACUCUUCAUAUAGUUGAAGAACUCACAAAAAACUUCCUGUCUCUUGUCUCCCAAAUACUGAGAUUAAAGGCAUGUGGCUGGCUUAAUAAACUGGUUGUGUGUGUAUUAUGUGUGUAAAUGAAUAUCUUUCAAGAGCCAAGUGUGGUGUCACAUGCCUUUGAUCCCAGCACUUGGGAGGCAGAGGCAGUGAGAUCUCUUGAGUUCAAGGACAGCAUGGUCUGCAGAGAAUUACAGGACAACCAACAUUAUACAGGGAAAUGAAGUCUCAAAACCAGUAAAAACAAACGUCCUUCCAAGAUUGUAAGUGUUCAUGAGUGCAACUAUUCAAGUGUACAGUUUAACAAGACUUCCCCAAUCUUCUGGAUAGAGGCCCAGCUGCCACUGGUUGACAGACUCUGUCAUGAAGUAGACACUACUUUUUAUAUGUGCUCUGUAAAAGGUUUCGUAAUACUUUUUUUGAGAAUAUGAUUUUUUUUUCAUUUAUUGAAUAAUGUCAAAUUUUAUGUAUUUUACAGUCUAUGCAUUUUAAGUUAAGCUGCCUGAAGCGUGGUUUGAGACAUGUUUAUACUGUAAGCAAUGGAAGAUACUAGGUUUUGUCACCUGCUGCUGUAUUUGGAAACAAAGACAAAUGUUGCUUGAAGAAGUAAUUAUAAUUAGAAGUAGGCUAUUGAUGUGAUAAUUGAUAUUUUUAAGGUAAACUUGUUUGCUUUUGUGUGUAAUUCUUGAAAGCUUUUUUUUUUUAAAAAAAAAUGUAUUUUCGUGAUUUGACGGUUUCUUCGUGUAUUUUAUUACCUGGGCCCAGUUCUGGGCUUCCCUAAACAAGUUCAGAGCCCUCUUAGCUUCCUGUUUGUAGUAAUAAAGAAAACAAGGGUCUGCAAUA